AUGAAUUUCUCGUUUGGGAACCGUCCCAGCGGGAAAUCUGAGCAACUACCUUGAGAGGAACGAUUUGCCCGGAUGAUGUCACGCUUUCACUGCGGCGCCGUUUUUCGGACAGGUUACCAGAAGUGAAAGGCAAUUGUUGCGUCACGGACCUCGGCACUCGACUUGCCGAGAUCCUCCUGAAACUCCCCGUCGCCAUGCUCUCCCUCGAUCCAAGUCUUCUCCUGCUUCUUCCCGUAUUGUGAGUCGUUCUUUGAAGAAAUACUCCUUUUUAUUUCGAUUCUUAUAAGAAUUACAAGAGAUCGAAGACAGUACUAUGUACAAAAAUUUUGAUGGAAAGUUUAGGAGCCAGUUUUUUUGCUGGAAGUUUUUUUCAUUUGAAAAAAGUUUUUCUGAGGGAAAUACUUAUUAAAAAAUUUCUUUUUGGUCGUAUACUAGAUGAUGGUAAGGCGAAUGUUCAAAAAUCUGAAGGAUGAACAACAGUUUCAUCAAUAUGUCUCGAAAAAGUGAAAAAACGCCUUUUUUUUCUCCGCUCCUUUGAGAUUCUUUUUCUUAAACACAUUCUAGAUCAUUAAUCUGAAACCCUUUUUUCCCUUAUUAAAAUAUCUUGCAAAACCUGUCAAAAGACACUCGGAAAAUAGUUUAGAGGAAAAAUUUCACCUGGCACCCAACGCCAGAGCUUCUUAGAUCCCAGAAGUAUCUCUGAUGCCUUUCCAACAAAGUUAUAGUUUCCAUCUUCAUGAAUAUGCUAAACCUUGAACGUUUACUUCAGAACGAACACCCAGUUCCUCGGUAGCUCUCUCUACGGAGCUCUCGGAGCCUACAAUGACAACGACAUGUGUAGGUACAUCUCCUGUCCUUUUGGCCAAUACUGCUGGAACGGAAACUGCCUCUCAUCAGGUACUUCGAUGGGAUCUCGGUAAGUUAUCAUCGAAAAAUGCGCUAUUUUUUAUUAUUUUUUUUUCAACUUCCAAAUAGUUGAAACUAAUCGCUCGAUAUUUCAAAGCUCCCUCAAACAAGAAACAAAAAUUAUAACCAAAAACCAAACUUGGCUCAAGGAACAUGGGCGGAAUGAGCGGUUUGGCAGCGCUGACAUCAGCCGCAUCAAUGUACAACCUUGGCGCGAUGCCAGGCAGAGGUUCGCAAUUCCAAACUCCACCACUGACAUCCGGUGCAGUUAUCCAGUAGCUUUCGCUUUACACUCGAUAAAAAGUUGAAAGCUUCUCAUUCGUGAUCUUCAGGAUUAGGUUACGCUGGCUAUCCAACUGGAAUGGGAGGAGCUGCUCUUGGUAUGGGGUACGGUCCUGGACUUGGCAGUGUCGGAGGUCUGUCAGUAUUAAACGUUCCUAAUUGCGAAAGUUUGAAAAGCCCCUAAAGAAAUCUCAAAAAAAAAGCUUACAAAAUGUCGCGUUUCGAGUUUUUAUGCGAUACCUAGAUAGUGAUUUCAGGUCUCCAGGCGUGCAGCUUAAUGCAGCAAUGCCUCAAUGGUCAAAUUUGCGUCAACGGCUACUGCAGCCGAAGCAACGUGGCUUACCAAGGUAGCCAAGUGCUGCCAUCCGAAACAAGUUGGCCCCAAAGAAAGAAUAUGCCGAAUUCUUUUAAAUUUCAGCUUGCAUGACCGGCGCCACAUGUCCCGUUGGACAGUACUGCAUCAGCGGAAUUUGUAUGCAAAACCCCAUGUCGAGCACCUUUGGUAAUUAUAUUAACUAUAUUCUCGGAUCAACUUUACCGUUUGAGCUUGUCAUAAUGGCAUUUCUUGCCCCAUGGGUAUGGUUUGUCAAAUUGGCAGGUGUAUACCGAAUGGACUCCCUGGGAUGUAUCCGACCUACGGAAAAAGAUGA